AUGUCUGGGAGAUCUUCUUUUCCUGAGAAUGACAUGACAAAUCAUAAUUCUCCUAGUAGUCUUAUGGCUAGGAACCAAGUUGUCCCUUUUUCAACAGAUCCUAUCACUGAGAAUAGAACUGACACAGUGGCUUCCAACUCUUUGAAGGAGGACUCUCCUUUACAUCCUUUAAAUUCUCCAAGCAAUCCAGGUCCAGAUGGAAAGACAUCACUUACUGCAGUUACAUGCUAUGAGGGAGUUCAGAAAGAUAUGGGGGUUGAGUUUAAUAAUCAUAUCGAAGGCGAUCCCAUCUCAACAGAACCAAUGCAAGUCAUGAGGGGAAUCAAUAUUGGAACUUCCAAAACAUGGAGGAGAACCAGCUCUAAAUCAGGCAGGCUUCAGAGACAACAAUCUUCUGAGGAAAAAGCUAUUUGUCUAUUGGAUGUUUUCAUCAAUGCCUCCAGUGACCUUGCAGCAAUAACGGCCCUCCGGGAAUCCAUGGGCGGCGCCAUCUCCUCUGCGUGGGUUGGCACCAAGGUCUGCGAGAUGUCGGGCAUCGUCUGUGAACUAGAAACCCUCGACAUCAUCGACAUCAUCCUCCGCGCCGGCGAGGGCCUCGACCAAAACUCGAAGCUCCGCUUCGCUAGAGGAUGGGUCGGGCUGAUCUCCGACUCCAUCUGCUUGCUCGACCAGCUCACCAUACUCAUCGUCACAGACUACUGGGCCUCAAUCUCCGGCGAGAUCUAG